UUCUUGUUUUUUAAUGUGAAAGCUAUAUUUUUUUUUGGGAGGGGGGGGAGCUGUAAAAAAUGUAAAAAUAAAUUGACAUUUUCUGUCUUGGACAUAUUUUGUACACACGUUAUGGUUAAAACUACAAGCGUGAGAGAUUAUAUUAUAACCACCAUUCAUCUCCUUUUUUGUUUUUUUUAAUCAAAUUUCAAAGGUAUUUUAUUUUGUACUCGAAAUAUUUUAUUCCGAAUCUUCUGUUUUUUAUCCCGCAAUUGGUGUUGAUGUAAAUUAGAGUUUAAUUGAAAAAACAACAACUUCAAACUGUCACAGUGUCACGGAACGUGUUCCCAAAAGACUUGUCAUUAUAUGACACCUAUAGUUCAAUGUGCUGCUAAAAUCACAUACAAACAUCUUCGCGCGAAGAAUUACAAGUUCAUAAACACAACACUCUCCGAAUUUUGAUAUAUUUUAUCAACGUUUUAUGUUAUUCGAAUUGAGGGACAGAAUUAAGAGCACAGCUUUCAGUACUUCGUCACACUUGUCUCAGCGGAUGUGGUGUUGAUUUUCAUCGCCAUAAAUCGCAAUAAAUUAACUGACUUAACAAGAAGAAUACAGAAAAGUAAAAACCUUCGGUGUAACUAGAUCGACAAGAUGAAGAGUGCAGCGAUCUUAACCUUAUGUUUUUCAAUUACAUGCGUUCAAUCACAGGUGUUGGAACAAUGUAGAGUUGCUGCUUACCCUGGCAAAGCAAACGACGUGAUACCAACAGAAAUUCUAAAUUUGGAUUUACCACCAUUAGAAAGAUGGACAAAUAUUGUAACACCUAGAAAGGGAAAGAUUUUGCAUUUUGUGAAUUAUGUGAAGCAUCUCCUGCCGUUUGGUGUUUUUAAAUACUUAUCAGAAGCAUUGGCAAGUGGAAUUGAUAAAAUUCCUUACCCAUACAAUGAUGAGAUUAUUGGGAUUGCAAAAGCUCUGGAUCUUCCUUUGGGAGAUAUAUUGGCUUGUAACAUUUUUUACGAAUUAGAGAAGAUGUGUACUUCAAUAAUCUUGAGAGAUCCGGAAGGUUAUGUGUAUCAUGCUAGGAAUAUGGACCUUGGUGCUUGGAUGGGUUGGGAUACAAAAAACAACACUUGGAAAUUAGCAGAACUUCUUCGUCCAAUCACUGUUAACGUGGAAUUCCAGUCUAAAGGACAGACGCUAUAUAAAACAGUCCAAUUUGCGGGCACUGUUGGAGUAUUCACUGGUGUGAAGUCUGGAAAAUUUUCAUUCAGUUUGAACUCGAGGAGCGCUGAACAUUUUUUCGGUGGACCAAUGAGUGUCGUGGAAUGGUUGUUAGUUCCGCGCUCAAAAUAUCAAUUUGCAAGCUUAUGGGCUCGAGAGGUUUUUGACAAGGCGGAGAGUUAUCAUGAAGCAAAGACAAUGUUAAGCACUCAACCUAUUUGGGCACCAGUCUACUACAUCCUUGCCGGGGUAAAUCGAAAUGAAGGGAUUGUUAUAACGCGAUCAAAAACUUCGAGCACGCAUCCAAUGAUUUUAAACGAAAAAAUGUGGUAUCUUGUUCAAACGAAUUAUGAUAACUGGAAAAACCCGCCAUUUUACGACAACCGAAGAAAGCCUGCUAAAAUGUGUUUAAAACAACUGAGAAAUGCUUCCAAUAAAUUGAGAGAAAAUUCGUUGCAGAUACUGUUCAAUAUUUUGUCGACCGUCCCAGUAGAAAACAAGGCAACUAUUUAUACAGCUCUCAUGUCACCACGGAAUGGCCAUCUUGAAAGUUAUAAAAGAAGUUGUAAAGGCAUUUGUUAUCCUUGGUAACACGUGAUAUGGUUAUUAACCAAUGAAAUUUACCCGAACAACUUUAAAACGACAAUCAUUUUUUGUAUAUUUGUAUAAAAAUAUAUAUAUAUAUAUAUCAAAAAAAUCCAGCUGCGACGAAUAUUGA